UUCGGAGGGAAAACACAAAUUGCUGAACCGUUUGUACCCACACAUUAUGCAAGCCUCAUCCGCACCCUUGGUCAUGCCCAAUCUCUCUCCAAGGGCAAAAUGCUCCACGCCAAUCUCAUUACAUCGGGCUUCCCUGCAAAUGUUUAUAUUAACAACCAUCUCAUGAGCAUGUAUGUGAGAUGCGGGUGCUUGAAUGAUGCACAUAGUGUGUUUGAUCAAAUGGCUGAAAGGAAUUUAAUCUCAUGGACAGGCAUCAUUUCUGGAUAUUCGCAACAUGGGCUCCCCGACGAAGCCCUGGAACUCUUUCAGAAUAUGGUUUUUGAAGGAUUUUAUCCUAACGAUUUCACAUACGUAGGCCUCCUCUCUGCCUGUGCUCAACUAGAAGCUUUAAAUUAUGGGAAAGAAACCCAUGCAAGGAUUUUGAAAUCUGAUAAUGGAUUUAAUACAUUUCUUAGCAAUUCUUUAGUAAAUUUGUAUGCUAAAUGUGGGUUGAUUGAGUAUUCCAGUAGAUUAUUUGAUGAAAUACCUCAACCGAACUUCAUUUCUUGGACUUCUAUCAUUGCUGGAUUUUGCCAGAGUGGAGAACACAUGGAGGCUCUUAGAUUUUUUUCUAAGUCUCAAGAAGCUGGUAUAAAGGUGAACGAGUUUACAUCAGCAACUAUUUUAGGCUCGUGUGCUGGCCUAGAGGAGCUUAGUCUUGGCCAACAAAUCCAUGUCUCUUGUGUGAAAUGUGGCCUUCUUAUGGAUGGGUUUGUGGGCACGGGGCUUAUCGAUAUGUAUGUAAAAUGUGGGGAAUUGGGGUUGGGUCAUCGUGCUUUCUCGGAAAUGUACGAGCCUAGCUUAGCAUCAUGGACUGCUCUUAUUGCUGGGUAUGCACAGCAAGGGCAAGGUGAGGUUGCCAUUGAUCUCUUCAAGAAAUUGCAGCUUUCAGGUUUAAAACCCAAUGAGUUUACUCUAUGUUCUGCAUUUGUUGCUUGCGCUAGUAAUCUCUUGGUUAUGACUGGGGCUCAAAUUCACUCAGUCGCUUUCAAAUUGGGUUUUAGAGUAGCUGGUUUUGUGGGUAAUGCAGCCAUAGAAAUGUAUGCAAAAUGUGGGUCUUUGCAAGAAUCGGCAAAAGUGUUUCAAGAAAUAGUGGAACGAAAUGUUGUAUCUUGGAAUGUACUUAUUACGGGUUAUGCUCAGAUGGGCUACUGUAAAGACGCGAUAAAACUUUUAGUUAGGAUGUUAAAUGAAGGUAUAUACCCUAAUUUAUAUACGUAUUCUUGUGUUCUGAGUGUCUGUGGUGAUCUCCCCGCUCCAGAGUGGGGAAAACAAGUCCAUUCCCGUAUAAUAAAACCAAGGUUCGACCUUGACCCUUUUGUCUCAACUUCUCUAAUCGAUAUGUACUCUAAAUGUGGACAAUUAGUGAAAGCAUGGACUGUUUUCGAUAGCUUGACUUCAAAAAGCUUGGUGUCUUGGAACACAAUGCUUAUGGCCUAUGCGCACCAUGGUUUCGGAGAGGAGGCAUUGAAUUUGUUUAAAGACAUGGAGGAUGCUAAUAUGAGGCCCAAUGAUGUGACUUUCAUUGCAGUUUUAUCGGCUUGCGGUCGAGUGGGUCUAGUGAGUGAAGGCCUUCAUUACUUCAAUUCGAUGGCUAGCAAGCAUCGCAUGGCUCCGAGGGCUGAACACUAUGCUUGCGUUAUUGACCUUCUCGGUCGAGCCGGAGAGACUGAAAUGGCCUAUGAGCUCAUACAAAACAUGCCUUUCGAACCUGAUAAGGUCAUAUGGAGAAUCCUAUUAGCUGCCUGUAAAAUCCAUGAUAGAGAUCUGGAAUUAGGAAGACACGCAGCUGAAUGUAUACUGAGGUUAGAUCCCUUGGACAUAGCAGCAUAUGUGAUGUUAUCGGGGAUUUAUGCACGUUUUGAGGAGUGGGAUGAGGUAGCUAGAAUUCGAAAGGCGAUGAAUGACAUGGGGUUGAAAAAGGAUCCAGGUUGUAGUUGGAUUGAGUUGAAGCAUAAGACCCAUGCUUUUGUCAUGGGAGAUCAAGCGCACCCCGAGAGAGAAUGUAUAUAUGAGACUGUGUGGGGAUUGACAUGCCAGAUAUUAGAGGAUGUUUAUGUGCCUUGUAACAGUUUCUUUCACUAUGAUGCGGGAAUAGAGAGAGAAGGUGAGUUGUUAGCCUCUAAUGGAAGAGGUGGGAGCUCCCAACAAAUACAUUAUGCUUCACAAUGGAAGUUGGAAUUCUUUGUAAAAAUGCUGUGGUAAGUUAAAAGUUCAAUAGUUGAUUUAUUUUGAUGAGAAAUGCUCUGUUUGCUAUGCGAAGGCAUGUGAAUGGUGGGGCCACACUGCAGAAGGUGUGUACUUCCGCGAUGGUUUGUGCCAUGUUGAGGCUAUGUUUUAUAACCAUGCAGAUUGUUUAA